UUUAAAAGUAUGGGCUACGAUUGGGUAGUGGGCUGGGCUAUCGACGUCGGUAGUUAUGUCCAGUUCGUCUGAUUUUUGCUGGAAUUGGGCUUUUUCCUUAAUCCCAAAUGUUAUCAUCUCCCAGAGGCCAGAGGGUUAGGUGGAUGUUAUUAGUCUUUAUCCAAUGACCAUCCUUGCCAAUAAUGUUUAUCGGCUUAAUCACCAUCAGAAGAUAAUUUAAGUAAAAUACUAAACCAUGCCAUACACCGAAAAGUCACCUCCCUGUGGAGCCACGUUCUUCCUCCAUGAGAGAGUACAAGAAAUCAACCUGUCUCUUUCUCCAUAAUCCACCCAUGGUCAUAUGCUCGAUCUCAGAGUCUCAGUGUCUCCCGGCAUCUCUUUCAUCUUCAUAAUUGCAAUCCUAGUUCCAUAAAUUUAAGCAGCCAUUUGCAUCCCCAGCCCAGGCAGCAAUUAUUAACUCCACCUCUCUCUCUCCAGAUAUUUGCUUUCCUUGGUUUGGGCUGUUUUUUUGGCAUCGCCUGCAACCCAGUUCUGCGAUAUUGCUGUUAGAUUCACAGGUGGAGCGGAUCAUCAUUGCAUAUGUGAGGAAACAACUAGACAGAUGCAGGAGGGCCUUUUCCUGUAGCAGGUGGUGGCAUCAUGGCUGAAUCAUCAUCUUCUUCUUCUGCUUGAUGCUUUUCAGUCCUCUGGAAGGAUAUUGAACGAUCCUCUUGGUUAUAGAAAAAUGUCAGCAUAUGCCCACCAAAUGGAGAGGGAGUUCUCUGCUGGUAGCCUAUCUAGCGGAGAAGAUUCUGAGAUGAGAAGCCAAUAUGUGAUGGAGUCGGGAUUCUACAUGACAUCAUUCGCUGCAACGAUGUUCAUUGCUCUCCUUGUCACAGCAGGAGUGUUGAUGAUCAGCUUGCUCAUUCUGCUGACAGUAAUGCUCCAAUCCUGUGAGAACAGGAGCAAAGGAGUUAUGGAAGAGACGACGCCACAACAAAUGAGUUACCAUCAAUGCAAGAGCUUUGCAGAGCUCAACAACCUGAAAACACCAGACUUACUGCCUCCAAUGUGCUGGGAUCAUAUUGCUGAUUACCACAAUCAGGUGGCUGCAGGUGGUGAAUACGAGAGAGACCUGGCCGCUAGUCUCUGGGUUGUCGAGGGAUACUUCGAUGGAGUCAAACCUUCUGAUGAUAAUGGUCUAGAUGCUGCAGUGUUGAUUGACAUAGACAACAGUAUUAUCUUCAACUCCAAGCGAAAUGUAUUUUCCUUGUUUUCCAGACAGUUUCAACAACAAGUGCUGCUUCUGAGAGUGUACAAGAAACUUCAAGCUAGUGGAUGGUCGCUAGUUUUGAUAUCUAGAAAUCAAGAGAAGGAAAGAAAUGCCACUGUGCAGCAACUCGUUUCUGCAGGAUACGGAGGCUGGUCCUCACUGGUUCUGAGAUCAGAUGACGAAAUGGAGCAUUCUGCAAUUGAAUACUUUUCAAGAGAAAGAGUUUUGGUGGAGACGCGAGGCAUUCGGGUAGCAGCAAUAAUCAGCAGCCAGAUGGAUGCUCUUACUACAGGUCCUCCAAGUUCAGGAACGCGUGUCUUCAAGCUACCAAACCCAGAAUACUACUACUAUGACUACUACUUUCAAGAUUUCAGGAUCUCAACAAAUCUGCCCAAAGAGACCAUUUCACACAGUGUCUGAUUCCCUAUUAACAGCUUCCUAGCUUCGUUACCAACGUGCAUUGUAAAUUGUUGUAGUUCCUAGCUUGAAAAUUCUGUUGUAAAUGAGAGAGAUGCUGUAUAUAUUUGAUACGAAGAGAAGUUAAUUGACAAUGCAGUAACUGCUUGCUGUAUAAACACACAGAUUGAGUCUAAUGGUUAAGAGAACCAGCUGAUAGCAUCAGCCUCUUCAACUAUGCAAUCCAAAUACUAGGGUUUUUCAACUCGAGAAAGAUUUCUCUGCACUCUUUCUUCAUGAAUAUGUCCAAUGCAAAUAAAUAGAGUUCACUUCCUAGCUCUACCCCUUUCAUCCCAUCGAGACGCUCAAUGCAGUCUCCAACACUGUAACUUGGUCUAGCUUCUGCAGUCCAAGUGUAUAACAAACCUAUAUCGUAUUGCUGCAUUAUCAGUGAACUCCAUGAUUCACCAGCUUUUCUAGUUAGAUCAUCAUGGUCGAGCCUUCUGCGCUGACUAACAGGUUUAGCAUCAUAGUGGUCAGCAACUGUUGUUCCCUAUAAAAGUAGGUCUAAUCUGUCAGCAAACUGGAGUCCCUUUAACCGAAAUGGGGCAGCUUCUGGGAAUUCCUAACAAGAGAGAGCUAGCAAUGAUGAUAUUAUUAUCAACCAGGGACAUAUGACAGAAGGAUUGAUGCUAGAUUUGACCUACAUGGAUGUAGUUCUUCCAUUCCCUUUUCAGUGGCUCCAAAUUUAUGGGCAACUGGAUCCGAUUUCAUGUAACUAGUGGCAACCAACUUAGACCAAAUCCUCCGCUUCUUCACAGAAUCCCAAAGUUUCUUGAACUGGACCUCGUUUAACAUGACACCAGUCCUUAUGUGGAAUGAAUCAAUAAGGUUUAUCCAUCCCUCCUCGGACAAAUGAGAUCCACAUUUAUUACCAAUUGAAACUUGCUCCAAACACAGAUCAAUGAAAGUUUUGAGGGAUGCCUCAGAAAAAGUCCACGAGAAGUGCGGCUUUCCUAAUCUAACUGAGGUACUGCCACACAUGCUC